GCAUGCGUAAUGGUUAGUGUAUGAUGGCGUCCUCCAUAAGUAGUAUGUUUUCAGCAGCCCAACAAACGGGACCCCCACAAUCUGGGCCAGGUGGACAGGCAGGUUUAAUACCAACGACAUCCGGAGUGAGGAGUCAGAAUACUGCUGGUGGUACACUAGUGGAUGAGCUUGAGUCUUCCUUUGAGGCUUGUUUUGCAUCACUUGUGAGCCAGGAUUAUGUAAAUGGAACUGAUCAAGAAGAAAUCAGAACAGGUGUUGAUCAGUGUAUUCAGAGAUUUUUGGAUGUUGCAAGGCAAACUGAAUGUUUCUUCCUUCAGAAAAGACUCCAGCUGUCUGUUCAAAAACCCGAACAAGUUGUAAAGGAGGAUGUUUCAGAGCUCAGAAAUGAACUUCAGAGGAAGGAAGCUCUGAUUCAGAAACAUCUGGCUAAAUUAAAGCAUUGGCAGCAAGUUUUAGAAGAUGUCAGCAAGCAGCAGAAAAAGCCACCAGAAUUACCACAAGGGCCAUUGGCUUACCUUGAACAAGCAUCUGCAAAUAUCCCUGCACCCGGGAAGCAAACAUGAACAGUGUUCUCUGUUCAAAAACACCCGUGUUUUUGAAGUGCAGGAACAUAAUUCAUAUGGACAGCUUUUUCAUUAUUUUGUAAAUUUUAAAUAUGGUUGUGGUUUGAUAAAAAAAAAAUAAAAAUUUUUUACUA